GUUUGAGAGAGAAAGAAUGUGCUGUGCGAGUGAGUGAGCAAAGAGCAGUGAAAAUGGCGUAUGUCGUGUGUUUUCUGUCAUGUCGUGUGGCGUUUGACAUUACGAAAGUGUGAUGAAAUGGGUUGAAUGAUGUGUAAAAUUUGCAACUUAAUUAGGUUUUAUUAAAUAUUCGUGUUGGAUCUUCUAACUACUUAUAAAUUGUGCUAAAAUGGCUUGCGACAAAAUAAAAGUGGCUGUCCGCGUUCGUCCAUUCAGCAGGAGAGAGCUGGAGAUGGGCACACAGUGUGUGGUGGAGAUGGAUGGCCAGCAGACUAUUCUCAGCCACCCGACCACCAUCGAGAAGAUGGAAAGGAAACAGCCGAAAACGUUCGCGUUCGACCACUGCUUCAAUUCAGUGGACGCGAAGAAUCCGAGAUUCGCCAGCCAAGAUGUGGUCUUCGACUGCCUCGGUCGUGACAUACUCGAUAACGCCUUCGAAGGCUACAACGCCUGCAUUUUCGCAUAUGGACAAACAGGGUCUGGAAAGUCGUAUACAAUGAUGGGCAAUCAAGAUAAAGGGAUUAUUCCAAGGCUGUGUGAUUCCCUGUUUGACUUGAUUGCGAAAAAGCAGAGCAGUGAGCUGUCAUAUAAAGUAGAAGUUAGUUACAUGGAAAUUUAUAAUGAAAAGGUGCAUGAUCUACUGGAUCCAAAAGCGAGCAAGACAACACUCAAGGUUCGUGAACAUAACGUGCUCGGUCCCUACGUUGAUGGUCUGUCCCAACUUGCUGUUACAUCAUUCCAGGACAUAGACGACCUGAUGGCGGAGGGAAACAAGUCGCGGACAGUGGCGGCGACCAACAUGAACAGCGAGUCGUCACGCUCGCACGCCGUCUUCUCCAUUCUGCUGACUCAGACGCUGACCGACGCCAAGUCUGGCGUCUCCGGCGAGAAGGUCAGUCGCAUGUCGCUCGUCGACCUGGCCGGCUCAGAGCGCGCCGUCAAGACCGGUGCCGUCGGCGACCGCCUCAAGGAGGGCUCCAACAUCAAUAAAUCCCUAACAACGUUAGGACUAGUCAUUUCAAAGCUUGCCGAUCAGUCAUCGACGAAUAGGAGUAAGGAUAAGUUUGUCCCUUAUAGGGACUCUGUAUUAACAUGGUUACUUAAGGAUAAUUUAGGAGGUAAUAGCAGAACUGUGAUGGUAGCAACAUUAUCGCCUGCAGCUGAUAAUUACGAGGAAACGUUAUCAACGCUGCGGUACGCGGACAGGGCGAAACGAAUCGUGAACCACGCGGUCAUCAACGAGGAUCCCAACGCCCGGAUCAUCCGGGAGCUGCGGCAGGAAGUAGAGGCCUUGAAGGAGAUGCUCAAGCAUGCCACCGGCACUGGCAAUUCUACUGGCUCCACUCCUGUCACCUUCAUGGGAUCACAGCUAAUGCAAAGGCAAGAUAUCCAUGAAAAGCUGAGCGAAAGUGAAAAACUCAUGCAGAAAAUGUCACAAACAUGGGAGGAAAAACUACAAAAAACUGAACGACUGCAACAUGAAAGACAGGAAGCUUUAGAGAAUAUGGGAAUCAGUGUUCAAGCAUCUGGCAUAAAAGUGGAGAAAAACAAGUACUAUCUGGUGAACUUGAAUGCCGAUCCUUCCCUCAACGAACUGCUGGUGUAUUAUCUGAAAGAAAAGACGUUGGUGGGUGGAAGGGGGACCAAUCCUCCUCAGGACAUCCAGCUGUCGGGUCUGGGAAUCCAGCCUGAGCACUGUAUCGUCACAAUCGAAGAAGGUGGUCUCUUUCUCGAACCCAUCGACAAUGCCAGAUCGUUCAUCAAUGGUGCUCCAGUAGUUGAGAAAACUCCACUGCAUCAUGGCGACAGAAUAUUGUGGGGAAAUCAUCAUUUCUUCAGAGUCAACUGCCCUAAAUCUUCAGUGACUGCCGCAUCGGAACCUCAGACUCCAGCGCAGACGAUAGAUUACAAUUUUGCGAGGGAAGAACUGAUGUUGAAUGAGCUGAGUAACGAUCCCAUCCAGACUGCAAUCGCUAAAAUUGAACGACAACAUGAAGAAGAUAAACAAGUUGCAUUGGAAAAACAAAGGCAGGAAUAUGAAAGGCAAUUCCAGCAUUUGAGAAAUAUCCUAUCCCCUUCCACACCCUACUCACCUUAUGUGCCAUUUGAUCCGUUUAGAAUUGGAAAAAUCACGCCUUGCACUCCAACAACGCAGAUGCGAGUCGAAAAAUGGGCUCAAGAAAGAGAUGAAAUGUUCAGGCGCAGCUUGGUGGAGCUGAAAGCGGACAUUGUUCGCGCGAAUGUCCUCGUUCAAGAAGCCAAUUUCCUAGCAGAAGAAUUAGAUAAACAAACCAAAUUCAGUGUCACUCUUCAAAUUCCACCGUGCAAUCUUAGUCCUAAUAGACGGAGAGGAGCGUUUGUUAGCGAGCCAGCAAUAUUAGUUAAGCGUAAAGGAUUAGGUAGUCAAGUAUGGUCGAUGGAAAAAUUAGAAAAUAAACUUGUAGAUAUGCGUGAAAUGUACAAUGAAUGUAAAGAUAGAAACUGUCCUUUAAUUACCACGAUUGAAAAUCCUGCAAAGAUAAACGAUCCAUUCUAUGAGACACAGGAGAACCAUAAUUUAAUAGGAGUAGCUAAUGUUUUUCUAGAAGUUCUUUUUCAUGAUGUCACUCUCAAUUACCAUACGCCCAUCAUUAGUCAGCAGGGAGAGGUAGCAGGUAGAUUACAGGUUGAACUUAGUAGGGUUAGUGGAACUUUCCCGCAAGAUAGGGUGUGUGAAGCUGCAUCUGAGAGCUCAUCGGAUAGCAACCCAGAUGAGGAAAUUCCCACCCACACACAAGUCACUGUUCGGGUGAGCAUAAAACAAGCAUCAGGUCUGCCAUUAUCUCUUUCGAAUUUCGUCUUCUGUCAGUUUUCAUUCUGGAAUCAUCCAGAAACGAUUGCUGUUCCUCCAAUAGUCAAUCCUGAGAAUCACAUUUCCACCCACCGUGAUUCGGUCACGUUCAGGUUCGACCACACCACAGACUUUGAAAUUCCCAUCACCGAGGAGUUCAUCGAACACUGCUCAGAGGGCGCAUUGUCAAUAGAGGUUUGGGGUCAUAGAAGUGCUGGCUUCACGAGGUCGAUACCAGGUUGGGAGGUGGAGCAGCAGAAGGCCAAAGCUAGAUCAUUAGCUGACAGAUGGAGUGAGCUGACGCGGAAGAUCGAGCUGUGGGUGGAGGUGCAGGAGCUGACAGACGCCGGGGAGUACGCGGCCGUAGAGGUGACGUCGCGACGCGAUGUGCUGACGGGAGGCGUCUACCAGCUGCGUCAAGGCCAGCAGCGACGCAUUCAGGUGCGCGUCAAGCCUGUCCAGCAGUCAGGCACGCUGCCCAUCAUCUGCCAGGCCAUCGGCAGCAUUGCCGUCGGCAGUGUUUGUGUCAGAUCUCAGCUACAGAAACCUUUGGACUCUUAUCAAGAAGAAGACUUGGCAUUGUUAAGAGAGAAGUGGAGCGAUGCAUUGGUGAGGAGGCGGCAAUAUCUCGACCAGCAGAUCCAAAGACUUUUCAAUAAACAAGAUAAAACAGAGCAAGACAGUGAAAGGGAGCAGAGCCUAGUCGACCAGUGGGUGAGUUUGACUGAGGAGAGAAACGCCGUUCUGGUUCCGACGUCCGGGUCGGGCAUCCCCGGGGCACCUGCCGACUGGGACCCUCCGCCCGGAAUGGAGCCUCACAUUCCUGUUCUCUUCCUCGAUUUGAAUGCUGACGACUUGUCCAGUCAUGGCAAUCAAUGGCAAAAUGAUAUGGAAGAGCUCCCCGUCACCGGUCUUAAUUCAAUACUGCCAAAAGAACAUGGAAACAAGUUCUACAACCUGCCGAUAAUCCGGCACUGCGAAAAGGAUGUCUCUGCAGUUGCUGCCUGGGAUUCAUCUGUCCACGACACUGUCCACUUGAAUAAGGCAACAGACAGCAAUGAACGAGUGUACCUGAUUCUGAAGACGACCGUGAGACUGUCGCACCCUGCGCCCAGAGAACUGGUGCUGCGCAAAAGACUCAGUCUGAACAUCUACAAACGCCAAAGCCUCACCGAUAGAAUUCGCAGGAAGAUUGUGCGCACUGACUGCUUCACCAGCACUGGUGUCACCUACGAAGUCGUUUCUAACAUUCCUAAGGCUAGUGAAGAACUAGAGGAUAGAGAAUCGUUAGCCCAAAUAGCAGCAUCUGGCGAAGAAACAUCGCUUAGUGAUGGAGAAACUUACAUAGAGAAAUACACAAGAGGGGUGAGCGCUGUGGAAAGUAUUCUCACAUUGGACAGACUGCGUCAAAGUGUAGCUGUGAAAGAACUGCUCCAGGGUCAGGGCCAGGUACUUAUGAGGAAGACUGCCAGUGUUCCAAACUUCUCACAGCUAAUGAGGUGUGACAGUAGUUUGGAAAGUCUGAGCCUGUCUCCGGGUGUUCCCCGCUCGGAGAGUGUGUCUGAUCUGAAGAACGAGCUGCAACACCAACACCAUCAUGACAGCCGAACCCUCCGCAAACCCACCGAAUCCGAGCUCAGUCAAUCGUCGCCAAAACCGUUCGGAAUCGCUUAUGGCUCCAUUUUGUCAGCUCGCCCAACUUUCCUCAAUCUCAACUUGAACCUGAAUUCGCUGCGCCUUCAGCCUGGGUCUAAACCAUCGCCCAACACGAAACUGGGUCUGCGAAUGACAACACUGCAUGAAGAGCACAGUCUCAGCUUGAGGCUUGGUGCCAGUCCCGCCGUACAAGAAGUAGAGGAAGAAGACGAAGAAGAGGAGGAGGAAGAGGAAGAAGAAGAGGAGGAGGAGGAUGAAGUGGAAGAGGAGAAGAAGAGCACCGACACCUCAAAACAAGGUGGUGAAGAAGAACCAGCUAAGAAAGAAGAGAGCAUUAAGAAUGUGCCAGCUGAAAAGAAAACAGAACAGCCUCCAGCUGUCACACAAACACCUUCGAAAAUGGAGUUCACUGAGUUUGAAUCACAUGAGGUGGACGCGACUAAGAGUAAUCAGAUAGUGAGAUCUGUGAUCCCAAACUCGAGAACACUUGACUCUUUGGCUGAAUUCCAGGCACCCAAAACAGGCACACCCAGCACUUCUUCCAGUGGUUACGGAUCUCAGGCAGUCUCAUCAUCGAACUUGACGAACGAAGACGCGCUGUCACUGAGAAGUAUUAGCGUGGACGAAACGCCGGACGCAGAGUGUCGGACGGGUGGCCUGGCGACCGAGACGCAUCUGCGACCGGUCAAGGAGGCUGAGGUCACCGAAAACACAGACAGUGCGGCCACUGAGAACACAGACAGCAGCAACACAGACAGUGUGGCCAGCACAGUCAUCGCCGAGCCACUCGACUCGAGUCAGCCGCCGGCAGGCGAGUCACUUGACUCGAGUCACCAGCCGGCAGGCGAGUCACUUGACGCGAGUCAGCAGUCGGCAGGCGAGUCACUUGAUUCGAGUCAGCCGGUGUCGCACUCUGCCGACGACGAAUCAACCAGUGAUGGCACGUCUGUUGCUCCAUCUGGACUAGCUCCUGGCAAAGUGGUGAGAAGAAGGAAAACGAGCCGUGCGAACAGUGGCAGUGGCAGUGGCAGUGGCAGUGGCUUGAGUAAUAGGGCGUCGUUCCCGAUGGCGCGCGCGCAUGUGUCGGAGAGCAAAGCGGCCAUGCGCCUCGAACAGCGCAUCGUCGACAUGUCUGCAUCCAUCAACUCAACUGAAGGCUCUUCCGACGAAAAGAACCACACUGAAGACGAGGCUGAGUCGGCGCAACGAGUGGAAGAGCCGAUCCCGGAGUGGGUGUGCCUCGGCGAGAGUGUGUUGAUCAGGCCGUCCAAUGCAUCGGGGGUGGUCGCAUUCGUUGGUCCCACCCAAUUCGCAACCGGCACCUGGAUUGGCGUCGAUCUCGAUGCUCCCACCGGGAAAAACGAUGGUGUAGUGAAAGGCGUGAGGUAUUUUGAAGCUCGACCAAAACAUGGCAUCUUUGUUAAAGUGAACAAGUUGAUUCUGGACAAACGUGGGAGGGCGAUGCGUAGUCAUGGCCAAGAAUCGUCAUCAAUGAGGCGCAGCUCGAGUAAAAGUGAAGGCCUGUCGACGCUGCAUCGCUCGCGCAGCCGAGGCGAAGGCUUGGGUGUGAUCGGCACCCUCCGGCACUCGUCUCUGCGCCUCAACAAAUAACAACUAUCCUCCAAAUCCACGUCCAACUAUUAGCCACCACCAAUCAACAAUCAAGCUUUCAGUCUAAACACAUUCAUUCAUUUUCUUUCAAUUGUCAUUCUCAUAUAUUUUCGCCUCGCUUCAUAACCUCGUCAAUAAUAGUAGUCUUAUUGUAAUACUAUCCUCGUUACGUCAUUCGUUGUGUUACUCAAUGCAUUGGCAAGCUUUACUUUCCAACUGUACAAGAUGUUUCCUCGGCUUAGCUGGAAAAACCCUAAAUAUAUAUUUAUCAACUUGAAUACUGUAAGCUGUGAGGAUAUGUGACUAGAUUUUGCAAUGUAUUAUCCGUCAAUGUGAUCUGCCAACAUUAUUUCAUCGAUUGACUUGUUUAGACUGACUAAUGCAUUCCAUUACUAGGAAUAAUAAAUAUUACCAGAAACAUGUGCAUGUAAUCUAGUAAUGUCAAGGUAUUGAAGUACCUUCUCUUGCCGAUCCAUUGGAACUUGUACAUUUUAAUCUCUGUUUUAUCGAAUUUACUGAUACAUUAGUCAUUCCAUUUUUGAAUAUCAGCUCUGUUAGUUUAUAGUGAUAUUAGUCAAAAUAUUGGAGAAUAUUUUCUCAGCAUUGUAAAAUUGUUCGAUUAUUAUACUCAUAUACAUUUUAAAUAAUUUUAACAGUACAUUUGAAAAAAAAUCUGUAAAUAAAGUACAUUCUAUUGAUGUAUUUAUUCAUAAUGUUCAACCUUUGUCAUCUACAAGUUGAAAAACAGAAGAUUCCGUUUUAUAGACUUAAUCUAUUCCAUCCCUGAUAAUUAUUAGUGCAAUAACUCACAUGUUAUUUUGUUUGUUGUUUUCAAUGUGUUGAUAAGAUUAUGAUUAUGAUUGUUUGUACUUACGUUGCUUUAUCAUUGCAAAAGGUAAAAAAAAUAUUUUUCCGAUAAAAAAUUUAUCAAGCCAGUAAAUCUUAAAUAUAUUUUUAGAUAUAAUUGUAGGUAUUGAGAUGGCUAAAUUUUAAUCUACUUAAUGUAUAUUUUAUUAAGAUGAAAGUGACAUGAAAAAGAUAUUCAAUAAAUAUUUAUUAACAAAUCCUUUUCAUCAAUUCAAAUUAUAUUACUGUCCAACACAUUUAUUUCCACCAUUAUAAGUCUGAAAUGAUUUGGAAAAUCGUAAUUUUAGAGAAAUCUUUAGUGUCGCCCAAGUUGAUUUCCACAGGUACUAUUGAAAAGACAUAAUAGACUAGUUGUUGCACGAUCAAAAAUGAAUUUAUCGGACGUGAUAUAAUAUUCUCAAACUAAUCAGAUAAUUGUAUAAUAAUUAUAUCUACUCUCAUAACAUCACUGAUCUGCAAACACUGAAACUUCUUUGUAUUUGGAAAGUAACUCAAUUCAUUUAAAAAUAUAUUUCAAUUUCAAUAACUUUUCAAGUAAUGUUUCACUCUUUGUUUAGAUUGGACAAGUUUCUCAAUUAUUGUACUCAUUCACUUUAAAACUAUAUUUGUGAUAAAACACAGAAUUCAUAAAAAUGAUAGUUAAAUUUACAAACACUUUACGCAGCAUUAUGAAAAAAUGAAAUACAUUUAACAUACAAUGUUACUUUUCAGUUAUUUGUUUUUUUAUUCAAUAUCACAUUAUUAUCAAAGUUACAAAAAAAUUAUCGGAAUGCAAAUUUUUAAAAAUUAAAACUCCAUCUGUUCGGUACCAAUAAUAAUCGAUAGUACUAUUUUAGAGCAGUUAAUUUUGAGCUUGAUGAAUGUAACCAUACUAGAUUUAGCUCACAUUGUGUGCAGCAACCAUCUUCUUUCGUAUUCUUUGAACGAAGUUCUUUCGUUUAAUAUUGAUUGCUUUUCUGUUAUAUAAUAAAGCUCCUUUUAAUAUACUCGCCAUUCCACAUUCCUUAAAUAAUUAAGGUGUAUUAUUUAUUCAUUUAAAUAGAUCAUUCACUUUAUUGGUGAGUUUCUUCGAGAUAAGUAAUCAUUUCCAGCUAAUCAAAUUGUAUCCACCAUGCAUUCCAUUAAAAUAUGAUGGGAAAUUUGUGGCAGCUGACAUUAACCAUGUAAAUGUUUUUUUUUUCGUGAGUGGCAGGUUUUAUGAAGUUGAUAAUAAUUAAAUUCAUUGCUAGUGAUUCAUAGCAAGGAAUGUGAGAUACGGUAUGGUAUUUUGAUUGAAUAAUAUUUUACGUAAGUGCUUAUUUUUUAUCCAAAACCAUUUUGAAACUUUACAGACAUCAUGGUUUUAAUUUAUUCUAUUAAUAAAUAAUAAGACAUUCUAUCAUUGCAAAUUAAUUCAAUUGCCUACGCACAAGCUAUUAGCUCAUGUAGGGAUUUAACUGCAGUAAGAAGUGAAUCAUAUAUCAGAUUCUGCGGGAUUUUGUGAGAGAUUUCUUUUGUUUGGUUUAAAUAAAAAAAUAUUAUCAAAACUACAAACUAUGAUAUCCUUACCUGUAAAUAAGUAACACUCUUCUAUUUUGAUCUUGAUACUUCCCACUAUUUUUCGAGACGGUUAGUUAUAAAUUGAUAUAGAAUGAUAUAAAAAUACUAUUUGAAUAACAUGAUCUUUUCAUUAAUAAAUUAAUAUUAUGAAUAUGUAUAGAUAGAAAUAGAGACUGGUGAAUUGAAUCAAGAUUGCGAAUGUAAUUAUUAUUUUAAAAGUGAAAGUACAAAUAGUGAUUGCACAUUAGAUAGAGGGAAAGCGUCAAUGUAGAUAAAUUAUAAAUAGGAUUCAGUUUCAAUUUUGUUCUAAAAAAAUGUUUCAAGCUCCAAUAUCUCCCCAACUCGAUUUUCUUUUAUAUUAAAGUCCACUUUCUCAUACAUAUUUUUCUUAUUUGCUCAGUUUCAACUACCAAAAGCAAUUGAAACAUGUAAUUAUAUAAAUAUUUGGUAAAAAUUAAAUAUUUCUAUUUCUAGCUUUCAUUAUCAUCCACAGUAUUUAUAUUAUCAAUAAUGAUGAAGAGUUGUAUAAGAUUCGCUAGGAAAUUUUACCUCUAAUUUAUAACUAAAUUGAAAUAUUAUAUUAUUUGAUGCUACUGUACAUAUUUUUGGUUACAGUAAGUAAUUCAUUUUUUCUCAUUCAUUCAGUUUCAAUUUAUACCUUCGUUGGUGUUUGGUGCUAUUUGAUUAUAGUAGGCUGUGUUCAAAUGGAAUUUUAUUUAUUUUAUUGUUUCUAAUAUUAUAUAUAUCCGGUUUUUUCCGGUGAUUAUUAUUUGUAAGAUUAUUUCAAUUUAUAAAUGAAAUUCAAAACAUAAUUUUCAAUAACUAUUUAUUGGAAUAUUGCUUGUUAAUUUGAUCAAAAUCUACUUAAAUGAAAUAAUUAUUUUUGUAAAUUUUUUCCAACCUUAAAUGUGCUUCUCUUUUAUAGGAUCCUUCUGAAAAAAUAACAUAAAAAAAUACACCAAUUUGUCAAAUAAUGCCAAUUUAAUCAUUAUUGGGAAAAAUCAAGAUUAUUUAAGUUAGCAGGUGAGUCUAAGGUCCUGGACAUAUUGGAUUGAAAAGAGAUCUAUUCAUUGGGAAAAUUGAUUCCCUCCUUUAAACCAUCCGUCCAUCAGUUUGUUCUGUCCGAUCUUGUUUCUAUACGUAAUUGUUCACGUUCAAGUUAACAUAAUAUUGUGAUUCAAAUUGAAUUUCCACUGGAUAUGUUUCACAAAUUCAUAUUCAUCUUACAAAUUUAGUCGAUUAGAAUCUAGUUUUGUUCAGCUUUACAUUCAAGUGGAACUCUUUAAUGAAAAAUCUUCACUUCGUAUAAUAAAGUGAAUUUGAAUUGGCGUUUCCUUUAUAAUUAAUAUAAAAAUCUCUAAUUCAUCUCAAGUUAUAAACAAAUGCUUCUCAGAAAUUAGAUAAUCAACAAUUUGAAAACAUAUUUUUCAAGCAGAAGCCAUGAAAUGGAUUGAACAAUGCGAUCCCUCAUAUUUGAUCAAAAUAAUGUCAAUAUGUUAAUAAAUUCAUCCUUUUACAUUUAAUGAUUUACUUAUUUGAUUAUUGUCUAAUCCACUCAUUCAUGAAUAAAUCAAUUUAUGGAUUUUAGUUGGUCUUUACACCCAUGAGGUCUGGACAAUUCCAGAGAUUUAAUUUCAAUAAUAAUUAUCUUAUCUUACUGAUUUACUCCGGUGAAGUAUUAUUGUGAUUAAUGUACUGUUGUCUGAAUCUGUAAAUAAAGAAUAGUCUAUUUAUGUCGUGCUACUUAAGUACUGUAUAAUUAAAAAAAGAAAGCUUUCUUUUGUAGAAAUCAUUGUUGGAGUUUGAGCUCAGUUCCAAUCAACUCAUAAGUUAUUAUAAUUUCUUUACUAUUCUUGACUAUUUUAAACUGUCUACUGUGUGUGCCACGAGAGCGUGAAACGGACGAGUUAUUCAACUGUCCUGAAAGUGACCUUAAAAUGAAAUAUUUCUGUAAACUGUUUUUGCUUGAUAAAUUGUAUAAAUCAUGGAAAAUCUUCGAUUAUGUGUUAUGUAAAAUAUUAUAUUGAACAUUGUUAUGUAAUUUAAUGUAAUAAUUUUGUAAACUUGAUAAAUGAAACUUAUAAUUAAUUAUUGUUGUUUUGUUUAAUGAAUGAUACUAGGUUGUGAGCUAUAGUAGUGUAAUUGAAUUGUUAAUCGUGGCUUCUGUCUCCAAUUCAGUUUUUAUUUUAGUUAUGCAUCAUAUCCUCUAAUUCUAAAACUUGAAUAGAAUCUAAUUGUGUAAAUCUAGAUAAUUUGUCAGUCAAUUUAUUGAUUUUGUGAUCUAGAUUAGUAUAUUGAAUUUGAAAAAUGUAUAGCAAACAAAAUUCCUCUUUGUGCUACAGUGUUAUACCAUUAAUAUUGUAUGAUUUACAUUUCCAAGCCAUAAAGUACUGUAUAUCAUUUUUUGAAUGUCAGUAUAAAAUAAAUUUGAGAAAUUUU